GGAAGAGCAGAGACAGAGCGGGAACAAAAAAAAGGAGAUAAAAAAAUUAAACAUGUGUUGUACGGGGAAGUGUGCCCGCCUGGUGGGCUUGAUCCUGCUGCCGUCUGCAUUCAUCUGCAUGAUCUCAAACCUGCUGCUGUUCUUCCCUGAUGGGAAAAGUCUGGAUAAUGAUCAGAUCUCCCUGCAGGUCUGGCUUAUGGGGGGCCUCAUCGGAGGAGGCCUCUUUAUGCUGUGUCCCAGCUGCUCAGCUAUCAGGGCUGGGGGCAAGGGUUGCUGUGGGGCAGGAUGCUGUGGAAACCGUUGCCGGAUGCUGAACUCUGUGUUCUGCUCCGGUUUCGGCCUGGUCGGAUCAAUCUACUGUGUCAGUGUGGCCUCAGCUGGUCUGGCUAUCGGACCCAAGUGUCAGGUGGAGGGUGACAAAUGGGAAUACCCCUUUGAGAACAUGGGCUCGGGUAAGGACGGUUACCUUGUAAACCAGACUCUGUGGACGACCUGCCUGUUCCCCGAGAACGCAGUGAUGUGGCAUGUCGUCCUGUUCUCCAUUCUGCUGGCAAUGGGGGGGCUGCAAUUGGUGCUGUGCGGCAUCCAGGUGGUCAACGGCUGCAUGGGAUGCAUCUGUGGGGACUGUCGCGAAAGCAAAGAUGAUGACGCCGGAUUGUGAAAGUGAAGACCGUCUGGUUAUAACUCACCUUAAUGAGGGGACACGGAGGCGUCUCUGCAUUUCAUCUGCUCCUGGAAGUCCAGAUUUGAAGAUACAUCGCUGUAAAAUUACAUUUUAAUGUUCUUUUUCAACUCCAAAUUUGUUACUUGGAGUUUUUUUUUUUAAUACAUCAAAGUCUUACUCCAUUAUUGCAUGAGUUGUGUUCUUUCUGAUGGUUAUUUGUGCAUUCCCUGACUCUUUCUGACCUAUAUGUAGUCAUUUUAAAGUCGUUUUCAUACUGAAAACUCCACAUGCGAAAUAUGGAUCAAAGCAUUAA